AUGGUUCAGCCAGACAAGCGCCUUCUCUGGCACCCCAGAUAUGACGAUAAGUUCGUAGUGGGAGGGAAUUCACAGAUUACACUGUAUGAAUGGGCAGCAGAGUACCCGGAAAUAAGGCAUGUUACGUCGCAACAUGAUUUGCAUUUUAUGAAGUGUUUUGCAUGGUCUCCAGACCCAUCCUUUGAUGACCUGAUAGCAGUUGGGUUGAGUACCGGAAAGGUUGACCUUAUCCGUUUAGAAGCGGGAAAGCAAGCACAGCGCAAAAAUGUACUAUCCAGUGGUCCUUCAGUAACAUUACCAGUACGAAACUCCCGGACGUGCAAUGCUCUAGCGUUUAAUCCAGUGGACCCGAACUAUCUCGCUGUUGGACUCGAUAAAGUGCGCGGAGAUGCCAGUCUAAUUUUAUGGGACAUCAGCACCUCUGCGUUGUCCUUAACCUUGCCCGUUCAUAAUCAAUCAGGAGAGGUGUCAUCAGUUCUUAACACUAUGUCCCCACUUCCCUCCCGGCCUCUGCCUUUACUUCCACGGCUGGAAAGUCAAGCUCGGAUAGAUCCACGUAUAAUCCAGCAAUACGCACCGACUGAAAUUGUCUCCUCACUUUCUUUUUUACCCGAUUCCUCCAAUCUACUUCUCGCCGGUAUAUCGCUUCGCUGGCUCCGUCUAUUUGACCUCCGCUCUCCAGCAGCCACAGUCGUCAACGUCGCUUCAAAGGUUCACGGCAUCGCGACAGACCCUUUCGACCAGCAUCGGCUAGCAUGCUUCAGCGACACUGCAAUCACCGUAUGGGAUGCACGGCGGCUAGCACAACCUUUACUCACAUUCUCAGAGAAAGACGCUUUUGCAGAUGGCGCGAGAGUGAGGACAGGGAAUGGAAUCGCAUACGCCAACAUCGAGUUUUCCAACACACGCAGGGAGUGUCUGGCUACUCUGGAGCGCGACGCCGAUUAUGUGCGGUUCUGGGAUUUGAGAGAGUCAAGAGUGCAAGCCUUAGAUGGAGGCGCCGGUGCGAGUGGUGCUGGCGGGUCGUCCGAUGGGGAAACACGGACCUCGAGAGAUUCUAGUCGCGCAACGAGGAGGAGUUGGGCAGCCAAUCUGGCCUGGGGAUCAGAACGCUCCACGCAAUCUCAAUCAUCGCUCAAGGAAAGAGAUCGUUCUCGUCAAUCUGGACCUGGCCAGUUAAUGCACGUCCUCGCUGAUACUCGACGAACAAAAUCAUUCCCUCGCCCUCUUUCAUCAUUCGCACUUGUACCAAUGUCUCGCGCCCUAGCCAAUUCGGGAGAGACACAUUACCCUCUUGCAUCGAACGUGAUGGUCGUCAACAAAGAUGGCGACCUUGAACUCUAUGCAAUUCACGACACAACCAAGCAAGUUGCUUGGAGCGCACGAGGAGAUUUAGCAAUCGGCGCAGGAGUUGGAAUGAGGGUAAUAGAAGGAUACAAAGAGGAAGAGAUAAACAAUGUUGAGGCUACACAAGGAAAUACAGAUUCGGGAGGGAUAAAUGAAUUUGGAUAUAGGACCGGAGAUGUGGGGAGAGAUCGGACAAGGGAAAGGGGGAAAGGGAAGAUGUCAAGGUCGAGGUCGCAUCCGUCAAGAGAUGGUUCAAGAGUGAGAGGACGGUCCGUGAAUCACGAAGGGUCUCGCGUUGGCGCACAUCCUACGCUUUCAGCAUCGGCUGCACCUAUUCACACAGGAAGUAAUGCUUCAGGCGGCCCUCCAGCUUUAUUUGGGCGUGGCGACGAAGAAGGAUUCCCUGCUCUAACUCCAUCCCCAUCCCUUGCUGGAGUCGGGUCAAACUCAAGUACGGGAACAGGUAAUGGUGUGAGCACGGAGACCACCACUAGUUCCUCUUCAACGACUUUUGCGAGCACUGCAGCUCCUGUCAUGGGUGGCAUUACCAGUUUUAUGGCGACCACCAACCCCAGUAGCGGCCAUACUGUGUCAGCACACACUGGCCCGACGGGUCUAGCAGCCAGUCGCCCAGGCAAAACCCGCACAUAUAGUCCUGCGUCAAUCAGGAAGUAUCGGAGUGGAGAGCGUGGCGAGCCACGAGCGUUGGCGAAGCGAAGUCUUUCUCGAGGAGAUACGGUGCUGAUAGACGAUGAGACGGGGGGAAAUGGCAUCGGAACUCGCGGAAGCGGCGCCGGUAGACAAACCGAUGAGAUGGCCCAGAGCUCGCGGAAAGAGCAGGAGAGCAUGGGGCUGCAUAGUGUGCGGAUAUCGAGAGAGCGGCCGACCAACAUGCGGGCGAAUAAAGCUAGAGAAAAGGAGGCACGUAAACAGGGGAUUAUUCAUGUUGUUCAGGAUGAUAUUUCGAUGAUUAUGAGACGCAGGGCGAAGGCUGGGUACGGGCUUAGCCAGCCACAUCAUAACAUUUCUGUUACUCAGGACGACCAUGAACCUUCCGAUGGCACCACCCAACAUCUAUCAGAGUUAUGGGCUUGGAUAUAUCAUUCACAAGACGUUCUUUGUGUCCCAACCCCUCGACUUCAUGGGUACGAUUUUUCUUAUCAUGGCCUGCUGGGAAUUUGGGAGGGCAUCCCACCUACAGGUAGCAGCAACAUCCCUCAGCCUAGUGAUGACCGAGACGUUCAACGCUCCCUCCUCCUCGAUUUGCCAGGGCAGCAACAGGGUCAAGGGCACCACCAUACCCAUACAAACAGUACUGGAAGCAGCUCCGAAUACACGCGGCAGCAACAUCGCAGCCAUACACAUGGACGCAGCACGCAACGAAGCCGCUCGCCUGCGGACGACUGGUACGGUAAUUGGGGCACGGCAUUAAACAUCAUUGCGGCGAGGAGGGGCGUUGACCAGCUCAGUUGGAGGCCACCUGUAACAACAACAAAGCUCGUGCAAAGGCAAGUAGCACUGCAGCUGUGUGGGUGGAGUUUGAGAGAAGAGGAGCUGAAUCUUGCUAUCAAACGAUGGGAGAAAGAGGGGAAGCUUUCCAGGGCAGCUUGUUGGCUGGUGUUUAGUGGGCAAUAUAGCAAGGCUGUGGAUUUGUUGAUGCGAAGCGAUGAUGAGACCCAUCAAAUGAUGUCCGGUACUGUGGCAGCACUUGCUCCCUUGACAUCUUCAGGGAGCGGGAGGGGCCUUGAACUCCGCGAACACUAUGGCCGCUUGAUUAUCCGACUCCACGACCCCUAUUUCCGCGUCAUGCUCACCCACCUCGCCUUAGGCGACUGGACAGAAGUUCUUGAAGAGGAGGUCAUCCCAUUUCGCGAACGUAUAGCCAUUGCGUUUCAAUUUCUCGAUGACAAGGCCCUUUCCUCUUAUCUCAAACGUACCAUCGAACAUGCGCGACUACACGGCGAUAUUGACGCACUCAUUAUCACUGGACUAACACCCACGGGCAUGAACAUUCUCCAGGCCUACCUCGAUCGUACAGGAGAUGUCCAAAGCGCAGCGAUUCUAAGCUCAUACGUUUGUCCUCAAAGGUUCAGGGAUAAAAGAGCAGAGAAGUGGCUCGAGGCGUAUCGAGACCUGUUAGACGGCUUCAAGCUACACCAUCUAAGAGUUGGGUUGGACAUCGAGAGAGGCCAGAUUCUUCACGAUGCAAUACAGAAUGGCGAUAUGCCACCAGAAGAGUGGGCCCCGCGUCAAAUCUUGAUUAGGUGUCAUUAUUGCAAUAAGCCGGUUAGCACACCUGCGGUAGGUGCAGGCAUGGGAUUAGUGCAGUCACUAAAAGGACGUCCUACUGCGUGUUCGAAUUGCAGUCGCGAGCUUCCUAGAUGUUCGGUUUGCUUGAUGACUCUUUCAAUUGUGCAUGAUGCAGCUCGCGAGAUCGACCUCGGAUAUACCCACCACAGUGAUACCUUCGACGAUGCUAUCGUUAUCUGCCAGACUUGUCGUCACGGCGGACAUGCUGUACACAUUUUGGAAUGGUUCACGGGCGAAGAUGGUCAAAGAACGCAUGAUAUCUGCCCUGUUGCAGAUUGCGAAUGCCGAUGCGCCGAUGAAUUCUGA